AUGACUUCCAACUCCAUAACCAGUCGCUCAUCAGUCAUCCCUGGACAAGAGCUAGUCACCUCGGAUGAGACUCGACCAUCGGCAACCUAUCAAUGUGGUCUCGGUACAUUUGAAAGACAGGGGAAGUUCUAUGCGUCUGUUGUGGGUCGACCAACAAGAAGUGCAGGCACGAUUUCAGUUGAGUGCUCUUCACGAUGUGCGAAGGUACCGGUUGUGGGAACCACUGUGAUUGGAAUGAUUACCAAGGUGACGAAACCGCAAGCCCAUUUGUCGAUCAUGAUGGUCGACGACAUUCCUCUGCCGAUCGGACAGGAGUUUCAAGGCACGAUUCGGUCCCAGGAUGUAAGACAAGUUGAUAAAGAUAAAGUGAUAAUUUGGGAUUGUUUCAGACCGGGAGAUAUCGUUCGAGCUGAAGUGAUAUCACUACCAACUAGUGCAAUGGGGUAUCUUUUGGCGACAUUUCGAAAUCAUCUUGGUGUUCUUUUCGCGCAGCAUUCUCAAACUGGUAACCGCAUGACGGCAAUAAGUUGGAAGGAAAUGUCGGAUGUGGAAACAGGUCAAAAAGAAGCCCGAAAAGUAGCUGGACCAAAUUGUACUGAUAAGCCAAAAUGA